CUUGCGGAUUAGUAGCAGCAAAGCUUGUAGGCAGAUCCCCAUAGCACGUGAACUUGAAACUCGAAGAAAAUGUCGUCCCCUCUGAAAAUCCGCCAGUUGACACCGGCCGUCGGAGCCGUUAUUGAAGGAGUCGAUCUUACCAAAGAAAUAACACCCAAGACCAAAGCCGAGAUCGAGAAGGCUUUGGUCAAACAUGGCGUCAUUUUCUUCGAGAACCAACAGGCUCUGACCCCGGAAAAGCAGCGCAACUUUGCCCGUCUGUUCGGUGAACUUCACAUCCAUCCGUUCUAUCCACCGGCUUCCAAAGAAGUCCCGGAGCUUAUUGUCUUGGAUACCAACACCAAGAACCCUCCGGACAGCAACAACUGGCAUACGGAUGUGACCUUUAUCCCCACACCUCCUUUGGGCUGUGUUUUGCGUGCGGUGAUGCUGCCGCCCUGUGGCGGUGACACAUGCUGGGCGUCAACAGCGGCGGCGUACAAAGCUCUGUCGCCACCUAUGCGCGAAUUUGUGGACAAACUGACGGUGGUCCAUGAUUUCGUUAAGGGCUUCCCGGCAGAUCGCUGGACGGAUCCCGAAGAAGCAAGAAAGACCAUCGCGGCAAACCCACCCACAACGCAUCCUUUGGUUCGAGUUCAUCCCGUAAGCGGAGAGAAAGGUCUGUUUUGCGGUGACUUUUCCAGCCGAAUUAAUAACCUUUCCAAGGAAGAGAGCGAGGUCAUCCUGAACUACCUUAACGCUUUCGUUUCAAAGCCGGAAUUCAUUGUGCGCUGGCACUGGAAGGAAGGGGAUGUGGCUUUCUGGGAUAACCGUCUGACGCAACACUACGCCGUGGCGGACUAUUUGCCCAACCGGCGCAUAAUGCACCGUGCCACUAUUCUGGGUGAUCGACCAUACGGCCCGGCUCUGCCUAAACACGAAUAAGAAAGUGUUUAAAGAGUUGCAGGAGCGCUACAGGCAGCUGUUGUGACCACCUAUUUAGCUGUGCUUUUAAUGAUAUUAAUUCAUCAGACUUUACAUCCACGAUCCAACCAUCUGCCGUGUUCUCUGAUCGAUAAUGUUAGAUCAAUCCUCGCAAAAUGCAAAAUGCUUGAAAAAAACUUGAAAAAACGAAA